GCGCUCUCAUCAAGUAGCUGACGCUAAGGCCGGAGCUCGCGAAGGGCAGCCAGGACCACCCAGGGCCUCCCUCCCUCCUGCCAUCCCCACCGCCACCACCAUCACCACCACCGCCCCUCCCACCACGCCUGCCGUCGUGGCUGUGCGCAGGAGAGAGAGAGGAGAGAGGGAAGCGGCAGUUAAGCGGCGACAGGUGUUGCGGCGAGAAGCCUAGUGUCAGUGGUGUGCGGGCCGCCUUGGCUUUAACCAUCCGACCCCUUCGCCAGUCGGCGCGGAGGCGAUGCGUGGUGAGGACGACAGUACGACCACAGCAGCGCCACUUCCACGACCAGCCAACGUCAACAACAACAACAAUAACACCACUUCGUUCACAUCUACGACGACGACCACCACCACCACCACGGCGACACCAGCGGUUGUGGUAGCGGCCGCAACGGCAGCCGUGGGGGGCGCUGUUGGGGCUCACCUCCCGGUGUUGGGUGCAGGAGGCGAAGCGGACUCGCGGACAGUGAUUAUACCCUCGGCAGCUGCCGGCGGCUCGAACGUAAACCACAGCGCAGGGAAGGCCGGAGUGCUGCAGUCCGGAGCCAGUGGUGGGAGUGUUAACGGCACCAGCUCCACCACCACAGCCACCAGCAACAUGGAGCAGGCGGAGGAGUUUGUGAAACCAAUUUUCAAAGACGGGGAAAUAAUUCUGGAAGUAGAGUGCGGCCAGAACAAGGCGGCCAUGUACCUGUCCAAGCUCUGUCAGGGAAGUAAAGGACCUUGCAUCAGCUUCCAGGGCUCCUGGCUCACCCCCAAUGAGUUCCAGUUCGUCAGCGGCCGAGAAACGGCCAAAGACUGGAAACGGUCCAUUCGGCAUCAUGGCAAGAGUCUGAAACUGCUGCUUGCCAAGGGGAUCCUAUCUGUGCACCCCACGAUGUGUGACUGCGAGGGAUGUCGUAUCGGGGCCGUGCUGACCAGGAAGGGCGAGAAACGACGGAUUCCUAACGGAGAGAGGAAGCGGAAGUCAACCGGAAACGCGCCAGAGAAUUCUGGGAGUGGGGCUUUCCGUGCUGUUGGUAACUUGGCCAAGACUCAAGACAGCAUCGUGCUUGACCCUAAGCGGGUAGUCAUGGAGAAGCUUGUGGAAGCAAGUCAGAGCCCCCUGAAGGAGUCUACCUUGCUCAAUCUCCCAGAAAUGAAGAGUGACACCAGCAUCUGCCUUGCCGCUCCGAGUGUUGUUUGUGAUGCCAGCAAGGCGCUACCCGAUGUCGGUCUUAACACCCCAUCGCUCCCCUCCGCUGCACCCCCAGAACGUGUGGCAGACAUCAAUGGCAACACACCCCCGGCGUCCAUCGGAUGUUCCAAGGACUCGGUGGAGUCGGCGUCGCGACUGGUGGUGUCAGACAAGCCGAAGACAAACGAGGGGCAGCGCCACAGCAACAGCACCGACACCACCACCACCACCACCAACACCAGCGCCCAGAACUCCAGCAGCGCAGCAGACUCGGCCGGCGUCGCAGCGACGUCGGAUGUGAGAGUGUUGUCCUCGUCAGGGGGCGCCACCGUGACGUCAGUCGAUAAAAGCCUGUCCCGACUGGCCCUGCACCAGGCGGCGGCUGCCACCAUGAAAACACCGGAAGAGACGACCAGCGAGAAGGCUGCGACAGGUCCCCUCCCACCCUGUGCAGCAAAGACAGACGUGGUGAACAAAGAGGAGCGGCUGUCCGCGGAACCGCGCAGCGACAAACUGUCGGAUUCCGCGGCGAAAACGAUUUCUAGGAAAGAGACGAAAGAAGGACUUGGUUCUGGUGAGGCAAAGAUGAAAGUAGACAAGAGCGCAUCCAGUUUGCCGCCAGCUGGCGCUGUGGUCGGCGACAAGGAACCUAGCAGUGAACAGAAAGAGAAAGACAACGAGAGUAAAGUGGCGAAAGUCGCGGCAGAACAUUCCGCCGGACCCCACAGACCCCGCGAUCAGUGUAACAACAAAACAACAACACCUGUCACCACCACCAGCACCAGCACCAGCACCAGCACCGCCACAGUCACGACUCAUAAAUCGACUCAGUCGAGAGACUCGGGUAGAGACGAAACAAAGCACAGACACAACCCUUCCUCCACCCUGUCAUCUUCCUCGUUUUCCUCGUCGGCUGUAACAUCGGCGACGAUACCUGAGGCGGUCAGACCUGAGAAAGGUGAACAUUACACGAUGAAGCACUCCACAGGUGAGCACAGGUCUGAGGAGAAAUUCGCGCCGCACAAACACUCGGUAGGAAAGUCCAGUGACCACCAUCACCACCACCACCACCAUCAUCACCAUGUCGCUGCUAGCGACAAGAAAGAGCGGAGGUCAGAGGUCGCUUCAGGCACCGCGCCAGACAAAGACCGACAUAUACCCAGGGAUAAGGAGUCUUCUUCCUCCUCUUCCUCCCGGCAUGGUGAUAGAGAGUCCGAGAGACGGAAACACGAGGACAAGGUGCUAGAGAAGGAGCGCGGCAGAUUGGCGACUGGCGGAGGCGGAGGCGGCAGCAGCGGCGGCGGAAAGUCCGCGUUCAGUGCCGAGAAGCACGACCCCCUCCCCGCACAGGAGUUCCCCGCUGGCGCACUGGUGCGGUCGGACGGCAGUGCAGAGGCCGCUGCCUUCAGCGACUACAUGAGGGUCCUGGCAGCUGGACACCAUGGUUUGAUGCCGCCACCAACAGCCUGUCUGCCCCCAAUGUUCCCGGUGCGGGGUCCUGAUGUGUCGGUCAGCACAGGACUGCUCCACCCCAUGCACGCGUGCAGCAUGUUCAGCACACCCGGGGGCCUCUUGCCCAAAGACUCUGUGAUGUACUCGACCUCGGCGGGCGCUUUGUCGUCCCCGUACGUGACCCAAAGCGUCACCCCAUUGCACGUGAUGCAACCUCACCAGUUUCAGGCAGCGGCAACGACCUCCGUGCUGGACUAUUCUCGUUCCUACCCGUACCCACUUCCAUGGGCCAGCGGGCUGCCCUUCAUCGUACCCGACGCUAUGAGUGCCGCUGCAGCUGCCGCGGCAAAUUCUGCUGGAGCUGCCGCAGCUGCCAAGCGCAGCCGAGACGAGGUUGAUUCUGCUGUGGACCUGUCCUCCAAGCGGCUGCGUCUCGACCAGCAGCUCUCGGCCGCCGGGUACGGACCUGCCCUGUCCAUGGCACCCAUGGAUUACAUGGCGACCUUCAGGGGUCUUCCCAGCAUGUCUUGCGGCAUGGAGUCCAGUCUGUACGACAAGAGUGCCGCCGACUACAUGCGGAAGAGACUGUACCCAGAGAUGCCAACGGCCAGUGCCUCGGGUAGCUUAAAGGGGCUGGAGUCCCACUAUCUGUCGUCACUUCCGGACUACUACCGGGCGCUGUACUGCUGCGGAUGCAUGGAGAACCGCCCCGAGGACGUUCGCACCUGGUCAGUAGAGGAUGUUGUCAAGUUCGUCUCCGCGCUUGACGGCUGCAGCGUUUACGCCGAGAUUUUCCGCGAGCAGCGGGUAGACGGCAAGAUCCUCGUGCUGCUGACGACGGACCACCUGAUGAAGAGUCUGGGCAUGAAGCUGGGCCCCGCCAUCUUGCUGACCCAGCGCGUGGCCAAGAUCCUGCAGGAGGCUACACGCGCCAGCGGCUGUGACAUGUGCAAGCGAUUGGCCAGCAUGGUGCCGGCCCUGCACAGUGUGGGCUACUGAACGUCACUUCCGCCACCUGGUGUGAGACGAGUGAACACUGAACGUCACUUCCGCCCCCUGGUGUGAGGCGAGUGAACACUGUCAUGGCGAGUCAUGUGCUGCAGAGCCCGGCAUGAAGCACAGAGGGUCGCCUCCUAAUUCAAACCAAACAUUAACUGAGAAAGGUGAUUUGGGACUUUGCAUCUCGUCUGAUGGUUGCCACCUUGUGACUGAGACCCUCGCUCCAGUCACGUGCCCCGAUGUACCUAGUCGUGACGGCACGUGACUUGCCUGUCAGUGACGUUCUUGUGACUGACUUGUGUGCCGUGUGUAACACAUGACAUGUGUGGUUCUCUGCAAACCCUGUGAUUAAGAGACUGCCCCUGGGACGAGAGUACGGGGUACAGGUAAUGGAUGCAAUCCGUUACAGGUAGAUACUCCGUGUUACCUUCAAGAAUGUCCGGAGUUCGGGGUGCCAGGAGGCCGAGUGGGUAACUGAAUUCUGUUUAACAGGAUCUGUACUUCCUUCCAUCAAGAGAGAGAGAGAAGCUCUGACACUGUUGCGACAAAGAAAAGGUGUAGAAUAUGGACUCUGGUUUUCGUUUUUGCUCCUGACUUAAUUAUUAAAGAGUAAAAACAAAAAUAAUGCUGCAGGCUUCUUCAACCCACCCACCCACCCGAUUCGUUUGCCUAGAGACAUCCUAUAAACCCAACUCUGGGGGAGGGAAGAAGAAAGAUUGAGGCAUAGUUUUACCCUUCUGUCUGACGAUGUACCCCAGUUACCACCCUCAGCCGCUACCCACCCCACUCUCUAGAAGCUAAUUAUGUAUGUGUGUGACCUGCCUGACCCUGCAGGGAGCGGGUGUCUCGAGACUGCUGUAGACUGACGGUUGAAUGUAAUAUAUAUCUAUGAUCUACUCGCUAGAACUCUAGUUUGGGAAAUGGAAACAUUAAAAUCGCUGUGUGACAAACCCUGGCUGUGAUUUAGUACGAGAGGCUUUCAUAAUAUAUGAAAUCCUGAUGUUUUGUACAUGUACAUUUCUGUAUGUAUAGCAGAGAUGGAGUGAGGAGAGGAGAGGAGACAUGCUGUAUUAUUUCUUCCUUGUCAUGCCGAUUGAAGAAGUUGACAGCGAGUGUCUGGCUGAUUCUCUAAGCUUUCCUCUUUAUUGUCGCUGUUAUCCUGUUUGAAUCUGUGAGGAAAACAACUUGUCGCAAAUUAGUUUUUUCCUUUUCAAUCCAACAGAUAAAAAUAUUUGAAAGGCAGCCAAAACCUAGAGUGAGUUUACUAAUUCAGUAGACAAGAUGUCGACAGUACAUUGUCACAUCAGUCACAAGUCUUUCCUGUGAAACAGUUUUUGAUCGUUUUCAUUUGUUUAUAACCUUGUUAUCACAUGAUUUUUUUUUAAAGUGAAACUUCGCACAUCAGUUGACAUUAAUCAUUGUCAAUAAAAAUCAUUGGAUGGUUUAAAA